AUGUGGGAAUCGAAACCGAAUUAUAGAUGGAAUGAUCAUAAAUGUGAUUGGCCACGCUUAGGUUAUAUUUGUGAAGAUCAUCAUCUGCUGACCGAAUGCACUGGGUGUUCCGAGGAAAAGAUACAACAAAUCACACGUGCAGCUGGUGCAGUUCUAGAGGAAUAUCAGGCACAACAAGAAGCCCAAAUUGAAAGUUUGCAGAAAACAUUGGAAAAAUUGGAGCAUGAAGAAUUGCGUUUCAAGGAAAAUUUGAAUUCGUUACUAACGAAAAUUGAAAUGGAAACCAGUAAAUUAUUGGUAACCUACAGGGUACAAAUGAAUUCCGUUCUAGAUGAGAGAAGUGAGACUUUGCACAGUGUAAAUCUGGGACUGCGUAGCGAUAUCGAAAUGUUGACCAAGAAAUUUAGUAAAAAGUUAGAAAAUGUUAAAAUAGAUUAUAGAAAUAUUUUAAAGGCAUAA